CUUAGUCUCGCCCCAACUUCGUCUGUGUCAUUAUUCAGUAUCUUUUUUGUUAUUUUGGUUCUUUCGUUAAUAUCUGAGGCAUUAUUGAUUUGAUUUUUUUCAGCGGCUGACAGAACAAGGUGAAAUUUUUGCCUAGAUUCGAGGAUCGAAAUUGUGCGAGAAGGUAAUUUGGAAUUUUUUUAUUUUUUUCGUAUAACUUCGUCAUAUUCGUGGAAGAAACAUGACUGUGGACGCUGGGGACAUCGCCGCUCAUCCAGUUUCGUAUAGUAUUCCUGAUAACGCUUCCCCCAAAACGAAAUCCCAUCACGGGGAGAAUGGUGCCUUGAAUGGAUAUUAUCGACAGCAUCCAACUGAACUGCAUGGCGGUGGAUUUGCGGGAAUGAAGUUCCACGGACCAGAUGAACUCGCUCCGGCCGAUUCUUUAUGGACGACGGCCCCGGAUGGUGCGGUUCGCCUGCGCAGUGGCGAUGAUCCAAGCACGACAGGAAUCCCGGCCGAAUCUGUGGUAACCUGGUUUAACAAGACUGUUGAUCGUGAUCCCUCUAAGGAGGCUUUGAAAAUCAAGCGCGAUGGCAAAUGGCUCACGUGGACAUAUCUGCAAUAUUAUGAAGCAGUGCGCACAGCUGCCAAAGCUUUUAUUAACUUGGGUUUGGAGCCCUUCCAUGCCGUGGGAAUUGCCGGCUUCAAUUCUCCAGAAUGGUUCAUUUCUGAUAUUGGAGCCAUUUAUGCUGGAGGAAUUGCCGUUGGAAUCUACACUACAAAUUCGCCAGAAGCUUGUUUAUUUAAUGCUGUCGAUUCACGUGCUAAUAUAAUCGUGGUGGAAGAUGACAAGCAGCUGCAGAAAAUUCUCCAGAUUCGAGAUCAGCUGCCACUUCUCAAAGCCAUUAUUCAGUACAUUGGAACACCAGUUCAAAAAUACGACAACGUGUACAGUUGGGAAGAGUUCAUGGCCAAAGCACGCGGAGUCCCUGACUCAGUGUUAACGGAGCGACACAAAUUGAUAUCACCUAAUAAAUGUUGUACGAUUAUUUAUACUUCCGGUACAACGGGCAACCCGAAAGGGGCAAUGUUGAGCCACGAUAAUCUCAUUUGGACGUCGAAGAUGGCGCAAGAAUCGGUGGGUCUCAACAAAGAUGAUGUUUUCAUCAGCUAUUUGCCCCUCAGUCAUGUGGCCGCGCAGAUGACGGAUCUGUAUUUGCCUAUUACUACCGGGGGUACGAUUUAUUUUGCACAACCGGAUGCCCUAAAGGGAACCCUUGUUGAUACCCUAAAAGAAGCUCGUCCGACUGCCAUGAUCGGUGUGCCGCGUGUGUGGGAAAAGAUUAUGGAAAAAAUGCGAGCGCUUUCACGACAGAAUGGUGCAGUUAAACAAUGGAUCGCCAAAUGGGCUAAAGAUGUCGGUCUGAGAGGAAAUUUAGCCAGAAUGAAAGGUGAUGGCGUUCCCUUUGGAUGGACAAUGGCUAAUGCGUUGGUUUUCAAGAAGGUUCGACAGGCUUUGGGUCUUGAUCGUUGUCGCAUUACUGCCAGUGGUGCUGCACCUUUAAUGCCUCAAACACAAGAGUUCUUUUUGUCGUUGGAUAUUCCUAUCUUGGAUAUAUACGGCAUGAGCGAAAGUUCCGCUCCACAUACAGUGAAUAAGCCGGGAGCUUUUAAACUUGGAUCGGCUGGUCGUGAGAUGCCCGGAUGCAAAACAAAAAUUGCCAAACCGGAUGCUGAUGGAAAUGGAGAGAUUUGUAUGUAUGGCCGCCAUGUUUUUAUGGGUUAUUUGGGACUGGAAGAGAAAACGUUAGAAGCUCUGGACGAAGAGGGCUACCUGCGAACGGGUGAUGUGGGUAAAUUCGACGAGGAUGGUUAUUUGUUCAUCACCGGCCGAUUGAAGGAGCUUAUCAUCACGGCUGGUGGUGAGAAUAUUCCUCCUGUUGCCAUUGAGGAUCAUGUCAAAGCGGAAAUUCCCAUCGUCAGUCAUGCAAUGCUGAUUGGGGAUAAACGCAAAUUUCUUAGCAUUAUGCUGACGCUGAAAACCGAGAUUGACCUGAAUUCUGGCGAGCCGUCAAAUAAGCUGUUAAAAUCAACACAGGAUUGGAUAAAAGAAUUAACCGGGGAGACGAUGACAACUGUUGAAGAAGCCCGCAAAUCGGAAGCAGUGAAGCAGGCUAUUCAGAAAGGAAUGGAACGUGUCAACAAGAAGGCUACCAGUCGCGCUCAGGUUGUGCAGAAGUUCGAAAUUCUUCCGGUGGAUUUCAGUAUUCCUGGUGGUGAGUUAGGUCCGACGAUGAAAUUGAAGCGUCCAGUUGCGGCGAAGAAGUAUUCAGACGUGAUUGAAGGCUUCUAUGUUGGAACCGAUGAGUAGUGCGGAUCGGUGAUAUUUUUGUGCUACCGUUUUCGAGUUGUAUUUGGUGUGAACGUUGGCUUUGUCUUUGCUUAAUCUUGUUUGAUCUUUCUUACAUUAUUGCGUUAUUCUGGUUGGAUAUUCGGACGGUCCGUGUCUUUCCAGUCUAUUAUCCCAUCGGUAUUUACGUUUUUUGUGUGGCUUAUGCGAAAGAUUUCCUGUGGCUUGCGAGUUGCAACUAAGGAUUCUCAUUGGACGGGUCCGGCAGUUGGCUGAUCUAUGCACAUUAUGGGUUUGGCCCGUAACUGACUCUCACAUUUCUGCAGCUGCGGUGAAGAUGGAAAUCUAAACCCUAGAAUUUCAUGUGAACCAAAGGCACAAGAUUUAAAUUUGUUUGUGGUGCGUCUUAUUUAUUUCUCCUCUUGUACAUAUUGCGCUAGAGUGACUUGUUGAGGAUGAGUAAUUUAUUUUUUUUGUUAACUAUUUGUGUGAACUGCCAUCUGUGCAUCUGGAUUGUGCUCUUUAGAAACGAAAUUGCUGUUGAGAAUUUAGUUUGAGUCUCAAAUACCUUAAAACUGUGUUUUGCAGAACGUUGGUGUUUGCUACUAUAGCUUUCUUUGGAUGACUAAAAUUUUGUGGAAUGUGGA